UGUAUGGAUAACUUAAUCCUUAAAUUAAUAUAGUCAUGAACAUCAUGAGCAGUAACAAUUACAAAGAAGAAUGCCAUUAGCGCUGUAAAAGUAAAAAGAGUGUAGUAAAAUAGAAAAUUUAUCAACCACUUUGAAUCCCGAAAAAAGCGGAGUCUCCGACUCACCUGGUGGUGCCGUUGCUCUAAAGUUGUCUUGUCUCCAGGCGGCGAGUUUCGAACCUCACCCUUAAAAAAAUCUCUACGAAAACGUAUGACUGUUUUGUUUUUCUUUUGUUAGGUCGAAAUAGAUGAAUAGGGCAAUAAAAGCAGCCGUUUUGAACCCGCAAAGCAACUAUCUUUUCCAAAGGGCUUCCUUCUUCCAUUCCACUCCCGUCCUUGAAUACAAAAGACGAAAGCAUUGGCAAUUUGUUAAGAGACCCAGAAGGCUUCAUGCAGAGCAAGAAUUAUUGCGCAAUAUCGGUGCUUACGCAGACUACAUAUUUGAGAACUGGAAAGAUGAGUUUCAUGACGAUGAUGCAACAUCAAAUGGAGGCCCCUCAUGGUUCAAAAAGCAGAACAGUAGGGGAUCCAGAAGAGAUUGGCCUGGCUAUAGAGGAUUUCAGUACAGGGGUAGAAGUAAGGAUUUUUGUGAAGACAGUGAUGAUAACAUUGAGAACAUGUUUAGGUCUGCAUUUCGUGGAAGCCAGUUCUUUUAUUGGUCCUUCAUUAAUGAGGAGAAUCCUCAAUGGAGGAGCUCAUCCAGAUACUCAAAUAACUAUGAGAAAUCUUGGAACUGGAGAUAUAGAUUUGAUGAGGAUUCUGAUUCUGACUCGUCAACCAAAUCAGAUACUUCAGAGAGUUCAGACCAAGAUAUGGUUGCAGACAGGCAGGCCCUUGGCCUAAGUGCAUCUGGUUCUCUAACACUUGAAGACGUUAAAAAUGCAUAUAGGGCCUGUGCACUGAAAUGGCAUCCAGAUCAUCAUCAUGGCUCUUCGAAGGCUGUUGCAGAGGAGAAAUUCAAGCAUUGUAACUCAGCGUAUCAGUCUUUAUGUGAUAAGUUGGCUGUGAACUGAGGAUUCUUUGAAGCAUGUGCUCUAGAUUUCUUCAAGCUACCACAUUUCGUCGGAGGUCAGGAAAUCUGUCAUGUUUAACAGUGACUUUUGUAGUUUAUAUUGAGAUAAUGGUGCUGUGGUGCGAGUUAUGUGAAUAUAGUUCCAUUCCCCCCCAUGCGUACUGUGGCAUAAACACACCAGCUGUGAUUCAAGAUUUAAAUGCACCAUAAGAAAGAGCCUUUGUUUCUCAUCUGGGUUGCUUGCCAGAGUUGACAGGGAGAAUGAAUAACUGAUGACCCUUUCCUAGUCUCGCAGCUGAGAUUGUUAUUAGAAUUAGUUCAACUUUUCUCAAGGUGGGAUUAUUGUGAAAUUAAUGGAAGGAUCUUUUGCCUGCUCAUUCAUGUAUGAUCUGUGCUUGGUGAAAAACAUGUAUAAUGGAACAUAUAUUAAAAUUGGAAGAAGGAAAAUAUGUGCUGGAAAUGGUGAUAAUUAUGGAACUUUUGUCUCUAUUGUUUGGUUUACAAAGAAAACAACAACAGUGAACUAAAAGAUACGAGUUCAAUUUCUUUUCUUUUUUCAAAUUUUAUUACUGAUAGCUGUAAGAUUCCAAUUUCAUUCUACUCAAUUCGAAUUAUAUUUUGGAGUUUGUGAAUUUGGAUUUUGAGGUUUAUUUAAACCUGUUCUAAUAGCCAAAGUUGACUUUUGAUGGGUAAUUAGAUAACUAAUUCAGUGAUUUACUUUUAUGUAGUUUUAUUCUGUAUAUGUGAUUGUUGUUACAAAUUUAAUUUAAAAAAAUUAAGUUUUUUUUUGGGGGGCUCAAAUGCUUGAAUGGUGAAUUUGGCUUAAGCAACUUUAUAGGGAACAUUGAUUAUGGGUUUGCAUUAAUUAAUUGUCUUGAGAAUUAUCAUUUUGGAAAAUGCAGAUUAUAAUAAUGUGAUCAACCUUCAUAGAAAUUUAUGAUAUAAAUUGGAUGAUUCCUUUUAUAAGGCAAUCAUCUUUUGUUUUGGUUUGGUUUUACAGUGACUUCAGAGCUUGGUGGAGUUGUAGGCCUAGAGUUUGGUUUUCAACAUAAAUAAAGAAAUUACGUUAGCUGUUCGUUUGUCUCAACCCUUAGGCA